AGAAAGAGAAACUCGUGUGCUGUAGAGAGAGAGAGAGAGAGAGAGAGAGAGGAGAGAUGGGGGAGGAGGAGCAAAGCUCAGUGGGAGUGGAAGGAGAAGAAGAAGAAUUGGCAGAGAAGGUGGGGGAGGCAGAGACAUGGAACCAAAGGAAACAAACCCUUAUACUCGAAAUCUCCUCAAAGCUCAUCCAUGGCGAUCUCGAAUCCAAGAUUGAAGCCGCCAGAGAUAUCAGAAACUUGGUCAGAAAGUCUUCAUCUUCGUCCUCGUCCUCGUCUUCCAAGACUCGCUCGAAGCUGGGCGCGGCGGGCGUGAUUCCGCCGCUGGUGUUGAUGCUCUGCUCUCCUAAUCCGGAUGCGCGCCAAGUUUCCCUCCUCGCCCUCCUCAACCUCGCCGUCCGAAACGAACGGAAUAAGGUCAAGAUUGUGAUGGCUGGAGCCGUCCCCCCUCUUGUUGAGCUCCUCAAGUUCCAAAAUGGUAGUUUAAGGGAUUUAGCAACUGCAGCAAUCUUAACACUCUCAGCUGCUGCACUGAACAAGCCAAUCAUUGCAGACUCUGGAGCUGCACCUCUCCUGGUUGAGAUCCUGAGCUCCGGAAGUGUUCAAGGAAAAGUUGAUGCCGUGACCGCCUUACACAAUCUCUCUACCUGCAAAGAGAACUCAACUGCUAUUCUGGAUGCUACAGCUGUUUGUCCUCUCAUCAACCUUCUCAAAGAAUGCAAAAAGUACUCAAAGUUUGCCGAAAAGACUACUGCCCUUCUUGAGAUCCUAUCCAACUCUGAAGAAGGGCGUACUGCAAUCUCAAACUCAGAAGGUGGGAUAUUAACCUUAGUAGAGACUGUUGAAGAUGGAUCCCUAAUCAGCACACAACACGCGGUUGGAGCAUUGCUUUCCAUGUGUCAGAGCUGCCGCGACAAAUACAGGGAACUCAUUCUUAAUGAAGGUGCAGUCCCAGGUCUUCUUCGACUGACAGUAGAUGGCACAGCUGAAGCUCGGGAGAGAGCUCGUACGCUGCUAGACUUGCUUAGAGAUUCUCCCCAGCAAAAGAAAUUGGCCUCCUCCGUUCUGGAGAGAAUUGUAUACGACAUUGCCACUAGGGUCGAUGGAGCAGACAAAGCAGCUGAAACUGCAAAAAGGUUACUGGAAGACAUGGUUAAAAGAAGCAUGGAGCAUAGCAUGGACCGAAUCCAGCAGAGAGCUGCAUCUUGUACACCUUCGGAUACUCAGUCUGCGUAAUAAUUUUGUUUGGCGGUAGGAGUUUCGCAAAUCACUCGGUUAAAAGAGUUUUAAUCUGAAUCUAUGUAUUUGUUUGGGCAGUUAAAACUCUGCACCCUGCUAAUUCACCCUCCAGGAUGAGUUAGAAAUUACUGGAGUUGAAAUGUUGGAUUGGAGUAGGGGUGAAUUGUGAGUCCAUUGUACAUCUCAAACUUUGUUCAUGUAUAUAUAUAAAAGUCACUCUUUGAUA